AGGAUAGUAUGAUUGACAACGGGAUGGGACGGGGGCGGAGUCAGGACUGCCUCGACCCAAUCUAACUUGAGCCUCGACCAAAAGCACCGACCAAUCGGAGGGCGUAAAGGAGAGCGACGUGCCCACCCACCCCGCUCCGCGUUGCCUGGAGGCCCUGUGGACGUAAGCAAAUAAGGAGGAAACUGGGCGUUGAAAGAGUGGCGCUGAUUAGCGGAUCUGGAAUCGCCUGGAUGAAAACCCACUUGUGAUUCGUCGGCUUGAGCCAGUGACAGUCCAGGAAUGGGUGAACUACCUAUCUCCCACCACCAGCAGCACUAGGGCCAAGUUACCCUCUAUGGAAUCCACAUUUGUAUUGAACUAUGGCUGGCACAGUGCUCGGAGUGGGGGCUGGCGUGUUCAUCUUAGCCCUGCUCUGGGUGUUAGUGCUGCUGCUGUGUGUGCUGCUGUCCAGAGCGUCCGGUGUAGCGAGGUUCUCUGUCAUUUUUGUAUUCCUCGGUGCUCUGAUCAUCACAUCAGUUCUGCUGGUCUUCCCUCGAGCCAGUGAAGUCCCAGCCCCAGAGGUCGAAAUGAAGAUUGUGGAUUCCUUUUUCAUUGGCCGCUAUGUCCUGCUGGCUUUCCUCACUGCUGUCUUCCUUGGAGGCCUCUUUUUGGUUCUCAUCCAUCAUAUCCUGGAGCCAAUCUAUGCCAAACCACUGCGGUCCUACUGAGCACUAUUCAAGAAAGCCAAGAUCUGUUCUGUCCUUCGCUUUUGAUGUCAUUAAUGAGCAGAAAGGUACUGUUCAGAGCCUUGUUUUGACAGCCUUCAUGCCUUAAGAUCAGAGAAAUAUCCAUUCAUGACCAGGAUAAAUCUCUUGAAUCCUGGAUUCCAAAAAUGGGGUUGCAAAAUUGGCCCUGCAGAGGCGAUUCUCACCAUCUUCCGAGGGAUACUGCUAUCUUCUUAGCACUUGUUCCUCAGGUUUUCUGUUUUGACAGGGAAAUAAAGAUAGUGAUCUGCUUCUGGUAGAUUUUCAAUCAAGACAUCAUUAAGUGGAUUUUGGGAAAAGGAGCACUUUGGCUUCCCCUGUCCAGUAGACAGAAGAAUCUCAUCCUUUUGAUAAUACACAAGAUUCUUAGUUACAAGGUUGGGAUCAUUUGGAAAGGAAAGGCACUCCAAGUUCGAAAGCUUAUUUAAUGUGAUGAGUUGGAAGACUUACCCAGAUGUUGGUUGUUGACCACUGUACAUAUGGUGUCACAGAACCUAUACAAGCAAUGGGUGUCAUUUCUCUCUGCUAUAAUAAAGCAAUAAACAACCGAAGGACCGACUUUCACCUCA